GGUAUUAUGGGAUUUAUAAUAUUCUGCUGCUCGUGCACAAAGAUCACGCUGGUUGCGCGUCCCUCAUUGAUAGUCUACCCUAAACCGCAGCGAAAACUCAUCAAUGUUAUUCCCCCUCUCGACAGCACGACAAAGUUAAAUUGUGGAUGGACUGCAAAUGAACAUUUUCUAGCGAUGCACAUAAUAUAUUAGCCGAUCCCAUACACGCAAUCACUAAAACACRAUACAUGACUAAGUUACACCACUUUAAAUUUUCCAGAAUAUGAGUGAUAAACUGUUUUAAUAAAAGCGUUACAAAAAUACAUGACAAAAUGAAGCUGAUGAAACAAUCAUUUCAGACUAACGCAUUAUUAUUUCUAGAAAGCAGCAGAGUGUUUUCAAAUUGUCUUGGUUUCAGAUGAUCCAGGAUUGAAGUAUUCCCCCUGCGGUGGCAUUAGAAUGAAUAGGAAUAAAUGUCCCUUUGGUCAACGGGACAGUCAAAGCACACCGCCCUGUAUAAUGGGGACGUCAUCCUAACAAGACCAUUAUUAUCAAUAGGAGGGUUCCUUUUGUUCCCCUUCUCAACCGCACUAUAAAUACUCGGAGCAGUCUUUUACCCCACCACAGAGCAAGAAGAGGUGCACCCCCGGGAUAAGAUUACGCGCAGCUAUCCGGCCAACAAGCCCAGUGCGUCCAUUCAUGCCCUCAUAGACCUCCAUCCCAAAAAGAGGACCAAACUCAAACGACAGAAGCAGGUGAUCGAGUGUGACUUAAAAAUAGAGGCAGAGACAGAGGGAAGCAGCGAUCUCCUACCCAAACCGAGCUAAUAAAAUGCAUUCCGACUCCAGCUCGAGCAGAUCUUCCUCACCAGACGUGGAUGGAAUGUAUCUCCGAGACCACCUCAAUUCAGUGUCCUCGGCGCAGAACGAACUCCUCCAGAAGAUGACGAGCGAGCAUCUUUCCAGGCACGGGGAAAAGACGUCAUCUGGCGGGAGCAAGUACAAACUCAAGAAGCAGGUGACCGAGCAAGAGAUUCAGCAUCUGAGGCUGAAAAUCAACGGGCGGGAGCGCAAGAGGAUGCACGACUUGAACCUGGCGAUGGACGGCCUCCGGGAAGUUAUGCCUUACGCACACGGUCCGUCUGUGAGAAAGCUGUCGAAGAUUGCCACUCUCCUGCUCGCCAGAAACUACAUCCUGAUGCUCAACAGCUCCAUGGACGAGAUGAAAAGGCUGGUUGGAGAAAUCUACGGCGGACAUCAUUCUGCGUUCCACUGCGGGACAGUGAGCGGGCACUCUGGCAACCCGGCGCAUCAGGUGCAUCCGCUGCUCGGGAGCGCGCUGUCCUCGUCCACAUCCUCUACCCUCACCACCACUUUACCUGGACUUACCUCCAUCCGAGCGCCUCACUCCUUAAUGAAGAGUGCCCCUGCACACCCUCUUCAGCUCGGCAGCGGCUUCCAACACUGGGCAGGUUUACCAUGCCCGUGCCCCAUAUGCCAAGUACCGCCACCCCCUCAUAUUCCUAUCAGUUCAGCGGGACUGACGAGACUUACAAGCGGAAACAAGGAUGUGAUGAAGUAAUUCGGGACUUCCAAUACAGAAUGGUGUCAAGAUGUACACUACAGUAAAUUAUGAAUUGGACAUGAAGAAUUGACCUCCAUGCAUGCAUUGUAUGUCUGUUUAUUUGUUUUGCGUAUGCGAACUCCUCCUUGUAACAAAGACCCUGUGAAAAUAGUUUUUUCACGGUAAAAAUGUAGCUGUUUAUUUGGUGUCACUAGAGAAGCAUUCAUGCUAUGUAAAUAUGUUUCUUACAAGACGCUCUGUGAAAUAACCUAAAGCAUUAAGCUGGAAAUGUCUGAAUUUGACCUUAUGUUUGGAGAGCAUUAAGCUGGAGAUGUCUGAAUGUGACCUUAUGUUUGGAGAGCAUUAAGCUGGAGAUGUCUGAAUGUGACCUUAUGUUUGGAGAGCAUUAAGCUGGAGAUGUCUGAAUGUGACCUCAUGUUUGGAGAGCAUUAAACUGGAGAUGUCUGAAUGUGACCUCAUGUUAGGAGCACUGUAGCUGAUCGUAGCACAAAUACCUGCUCACCCGAAAGGGUGAAAAAAGUUGCAUGCAGAUUUAAUAUGUUUGUUUUGGCAUCAUUUGUGAAAGUGAAGAAUGCCCUUUCCUUGUAACAAGGAUGGUGAAAUCGCAUUCUACAGUGUAUGAAAAUUGUAUGAUUUAUAUAUUAAGUUCGGGAAAGGUUGAAAUAAUAUGGCUCUUGAUGACUCCAUAGAAUUCUGAAAAUACUUUUAGUUUUGCGGUGGCGUUAUUGUCCAUAUGUUGAACUUCUUUAGCAUGGCUGCAUGAUUGUUUUGCUGGAAAUAAUGUUUUAUGUCCGGACACCCCUCGUCUUUAUUUUUGUAUUGAUGACUAAUGAAAUAUUUAUUAUUGCCCAGUGUUCCUGGAUGAAAUGUCAAUAAAACUGAUAUAAUGAA